AUGCAUAACGAACUAGAAUCGCAAGUAUUUCCAACAGAAGAAACACAUAACUCGUUAGAUCAACAACCUAAAAAACGUAAAAGGAUGGCAAAAAAGGUGCAAAAAGAAAAACGCAAAAAAGAUCAAGUGGAACAGAACAAGCAACAAACGCAAGAAAUUCAAAGUGAGCCUAUUUUGCGACAAAUGGUUCCUGUCUUAUUUUCAGAUGUCGAGGAAACUGAUCAAGACGGAAUCACAAUUAUGACCUACAACCUCCUUGCUCAAUCUCUUGUCCGCAGAGAAUUUUUUCCGGAAUCGGGUGACGCACUAAAGUGGAAAAACCGUCGGCCUCGUUUGUUAAAAGAGAUAUUAUAUUAUAAACCCGACGUUGCUUGUUUUCAAGAAAUGGACUAUUCUAAUUAUUAUGAUACUUUUAAACCUGAAUUCGAAAGUGUUGGGUAUGAUACAUGUUUCGCUGUAAUCGGUAAAAGACAUGAUCUUACUAUCGAAUUUGACAAGGUUGGGGUACCUACUAUGACAACAAAUUGUAUAGGCCUUAUUGUUUCACUCAAGUACUGUGAGACACCCUCUGAUGAAUUAAACUUCUCAAAUUCGGGACUAAUUAUAGGAACAACUCAUCUUUACUGGAGACCUCAAUCAAUGUAUGAACGUGCAAGACAAUGUUUAAUACUUUGCGAAAAUUUAAUGAAGGUUAAAGAGGAAUUUGGUUUCGAGGCAAUAUUGGCUGGUGAUCCUACUUACAAGUUGAUGGUAAAUAACACACCUUUGACUGUAGAGGAAGUUUCGAUAUUGGAUGCUUCCAUGAGAUCCUUUGGAGAGAAAGAUAUAAUUGAAAACACUGAUGCAAUAAGUAAAAAUGACACUGGUUUAUUAACAAAUUCAUCUAAUUUACCUGUUGAACCAAUUUCACAGCAGAUAUCAUCAUCAACGAGCGUUGAGAAAUCUACACCAACCGAUUUAACAUUUCAACCAACUCUUCCUAAACUACUCUCAAAUUUCGCAAGUCUUCCAUGCUGCGUAUCUUUGUAUGCACAGCAUUUGAACUCAAUAGAUCCCGAAAAUACUAUUUAUUCUGAACCAAAAUUUACAAAUUAUGGACUACAUUUCAAAGGAACUUUAGACUAUAUUUUUCAUUUUUGCCAAAAUGAUGAAAAUCCAAAUAGUGAAAUUUGUGAUAAAAACAUCAAAACCAAAGUUAAGGUUACAAAAUUAUUAAAAAUGCCACUGGAAGAAGAACUAACGCCGCUUCCACCAAAUUAUAAAUUUAAUUCGGAUCAUCUAUGUUUAAUGGCAGAAGUAGUUGGGCUAGUGUGA